AUGAUACGAGUAGAACGUCGUCUUAUUGCAUCAUUGAGUCGAAUGCGAUUGAAACUUCACGAGAAAGGAUCAAGUCAAAUUAGAGGUUCGCUGAUUAGCACGCCAUCUCAGAAGAGUAUAGCACUACCUGAAAUUUCUCUUUUGAUAUUGCUACAAGAAGGCUCAGGUAUUGGAAAAUGGAGUGUAACAAAGUCCUUGCAGUAUGUGUGGUCUGCGAAGAAAAAACUCAUCGACGAUUUAUUAGAUCAAUUCGAAAGAAACUUGAAAACAGCAAGGAAAUUAAGCCAAGAAAUGAGUGAGAAACAGUCUAGUGAACCGUCUUCUAAAGAAAGCGGUGGUAAAGAACCUUCAGAGGGUUCAAAUCGAGGCAAGCGUCCUCCUAGCUUACCAGAUAUACCAGUGCCACCGUUGUCAGCAAUUUUAGCUGCAGUCGUAGCGUUUGCAGUACUGUUUGCAUUAACAAACAAAGGUAAAGAAAUAUCAUGGAAAGAAUUUUACACGGAAUAUUUGGAAAAGGGCAUCAUUGAUCGCCUUAUUGUUCACAGAACGUGGGUGGAGGUAAAAGUACGAGAGGAUGCAAGUUUUGGAGUCACACCAUAUUUUUAUAUUGGAAGCGUCGAAACAUUUGAACGGUCUCUAGCAGCCGCUCAACAACAUUUAGGGAUUGAUCCUGUAAACCAAGUCACAGUAAUUUACAAUCCAGUCGAUACAACAUCGGUAAUAAGUAGUUUGAUUCCUGUUGCUAUCUUAUUCUUGUUGGGCUGGCCAAUAAUCAGAAUGUUCUUCAGCUCAAGGCGAACAUCAGGCGGUCGUGGUGGAGGCAAUCCUUUUAGUGGGGGAGGUCCAUUCAAUAUGUUUGGAUUUGGACAGAGUACAGCAAGAUUAAUUAACAAAAAUGAUAUCGAUAUAAAAUUCAAAGAUGUUGCUGGUUGUGAAGAAGCAAAAAUAGAAAUCAUGGAAUUUGUCAAUUUUUUGAAAAAUCCGGAACAGUACAAAAAGCUCGGUGCAAAAAUUCCAAAGGGUGCUAUUCUAACUGGUCCACCAGGAACUGGCAAAACUUUAUUAGCUAAAGCAACUGCUGGAGAAGCUAAUGUACCAUUUAUAACUGUUAGUGGUUCAGAAUUUCUAGAAAUGUUUGUGGGAGUUGGACCAGCGCGUGUCAGAGAUAUGUUCUCAAUGGCUCGCAAAAAUGCUCCCUGCAUACUGUUUAUAGAUGAAAUCGAUGCUGUUGGAAGGAAGCGCGGGGAAGGCCGAUUUGGUGGCCAUUCAGAGCAGGAAAAUACUCUCAAUCAGUUAUUGGUAGAAAUGGAUGGUUUCUCAACGGAAGAGUCGUCAGUUAUUGUGAUCGCAGCGACAAAUCGUCCUGAUAUAUUAGAUGCUGCCUUAUUGAGACCUGGUCGUUUUGAUCGACAAAUUUACAUACCUGUGCCUGAUAUCAAAGGAAGAGCCUCAAUAUUCCGCGUCCAUUUGGCCAAGCUAAAAACAAGUCUGGAUAAAGUGGAACUUUCAAGGAAAUUAGCUGCAUUAACUCCUGGAUUUUCAGGAGCCGAUGUUGCAAAUGCUAUUGAGAGAGUUGUUGCUGGUAUGGAAAAAAAAAGUCAAGUUUUACAACCGGAAGAAAAGAAAAUUGUUGCAUUUCAUGAAGCAGGACAUGCAAUUACUGGAUUAGGAUAUGCACAGUAUUUACCGAAGGAGCAGUACCUUUAUUCUACUGAACAACUUUUGGAUCGUAUGUGUAUGAUGUUAGGAGGCCGUGUUUCAGAAGAGAUUUUCUUCGGGCGGGUCACAACAGGUGCACAAGAUGAUUUGCAAAAGAUCACUGAAAUGGCUUACUCUCAGAUUGUAAAAUUUGGUAUGAGCAGAAAAAUUGGCCCAUUAUCAUUUACGGAAGGUUCGAAUUUCCAGAAGCCAUAUUCAGAAACUACUGCAGAACUUAUUGAUCAAGAAGUGCGUGAUCUCGUAGGAGAAGCUUAUAAAAGAACGCGUAAAUUAUUGGAAUCAAAAAAAGCGGAAAUUGAACUUGUUGCCCAAAGGCUACUUCAGAACGAAAUUAUAGCUAGAGAAGAUUUGAUUGAAUUAUUGGGUCCUAGGCCUUUUGCUGAAAAACAAACGUAUGAAGAAUUUGUAGCGGGUACUGGUGGACUGGAUGAAGAUGUCACAUUGCCAAAAGGUUUAGAGUCGUGGAAUAAACCGAAAAAUUCGAAGGAUGAAGGGGCAGGAACAGCAAGUGGUGCGAACAAAGCGAAUAGACAGGAAUAA